ACACCAAACGGCAGCAAACGUAUCGCGAAGUCUGUUCAAGAACGUUUUGGGGAAACGUACAAACUGUUCCGCAACGUAGCAAAAGUUCAAAGGAACUAAAUGCACCUUAGCCUGUCUUGUAGUCAUUGCAUGAUUUUAACUACAUUGCCCUGCUGCCCCAGUUCAGGCUCUGCCUAAAAGCAAAUGCUGCAAAGUGUCGUAAAACAUGUAUUCUACUUCCCCAUACAGUAGCUAGCGGACAAGGUGCAAAGGGAUGGUGCUCUAACAACACUCUGUUUCUAAUCGAACUUCAAAUUCAUGAAGAUUUUCCUCAGACAACUUGCAGGGCUAAAGCAUGGAGGACAUGGAAGACGACUGUUUUGGUCUAAAUGACGACUACAACCAUAACUACUGUGAGAACAGUGCCAGUGGACAAGUCCACUAUCUCAGGAACGAACUGUCAGAUGUACCCCAGCCCCUAUCUAUCUCGCCGGGUAAGGGCACUCGAGAUGAAGCGGCGCGGGAGAACCACGCAAAGGUUUGUUCCAGUUCCAGCAGCGGUUUAAAGUUCAUGGAUUCAGACUCGAACAGCGUGAGUAGUGACACCAUAGAGACUGACAGCCCAUCGUCGGCUUCCAUCGCAGGGAAACUGACCCUGAACUCAGCCUCAAAGUUUCUAAUGAAUGCAAUGACCGAAGAGGAUUAUAGAACCACAUACUGGCCGAACCUGGAGAAAGCCAUUGACCACCUGCUGAUACAAAACCCCAUGGACCACAUCUCCAUUUCAUAUGAGCAGAUAUACAGUUGUGUGUACAAGUGUGUUUGUCAACAGCACUCUGAGCUACUGUACAAAGACUUGAUGCUGAAGAUUACUACCCAUCUUCAACAAGUCUCUUCUUAUCUUCAAAUUAGUCCACCAGGGAAUUUAAUUGAGAAUUUCAACAUUGCUCUGACUCAGUAUACAGAUGCUCUUCAAUGCAUAGUUCCCGUAUUCAUCUACAUGAAUAAGUUCUACAUUGAAACGAAGCUAAACCGAGACCUGCGAGAAGAUCUCAUGAAGCUUUUUACCGAUCAUGUUGCAGAAAAACAUAUAAACACGUUGAUACCUCUUCUCCUCGAAGCCCAUGCCAUGCCUUUUCAAGUCAGACCUUCAACAAUGGCCAGUGUGGUGAAAGGCCUUUAUACUCUUUGGCCCGAUUGGGCACAUUUAGCCCCAGCUCUCUUCUCUGGAUUCAUUCCUCAAAUCAACCCCCCGACAGUGGAAUCCCAGCUCUCUGACUAUGCUGCUCGCGACCAGAAACUACAACUGGAGCUCUCUCUUAAUGGCUUUCACAGAGGUGACCAGUCUCGCAAGAGAGCCAGCGAGGAGUCUGCAUAGAAUGCUCUGACUGUCAGCGACCUGGCUCAACCCACAUUUUCAAAACACUGUGAAUGACUAAGAUUCUUUGAUGUUGAGUGGAGUGGGUGAGCAUAAGCAUGGGCUCAUUUUUGACCUGCGAGAGUUGUAGUGGGCACUGCUUUCUUAGCCUCUUCUGAAAAGCACAGUGAAUACAUAAUGGUGCAUAAUUGUUCUGUCAGCUUUUGAGGAUGAAUUCCUCUUCAUUAUUGUUAAGAUACUAUGAGGUUUAAUGGGUUUGUUCUUAUUUUUUCCAUUAAAGUGUGCCUUCUGCUCUGCUUUGUUGGGAUAUUCAAGUUGCCUAACAGAUGCCAUUAACCAGGUGGAUGGGCAUGAAUCCCAAUUUGACCACAUAUUGUAUACUGUGUCAAUCAUGGGUCAUGUUCAUUAGGGCAUGCAGCAAAAAAGAAAUUGACAAAUAUUUUACAAUGGAAAACUAAAAGGAUUGUUUCUGAUUGGACAAAUCCAGGUAGUCCCUCCCUUUUCCUGUUUUUUCCGUUUUGUUCCUAAUGAACAUGGCCCUGAUCUCUAACCAGGACCACCCUGAUCUCUUAUUGGUCUGAUUGAUCUGAUUCAUUAACUAUGACUGUCUGCUGCUGCUGCUAUGCCUCAUUUGUUGUUGUCUAGAACACCUGAUUUCUGGUCUGUUUUAACUAAUAUUGUGUCCUUUUGUAUCAGUCAGAUCUGUCGUGAUUCUCCCCAGUGAUUUUAAGCUAAAGGGGCUUGUCUUGGUAAUCUCGGCACACAACUAAAUGUCCUGCUAGUCGACUUAACAUUUAAAUGUCUAUCACGAAAGACUAGGGUAUGGGAACAUUCUCUCUUGAAUUUCAGAAAGUUCUACAGUAGCACAUACCCAAUUAGGAAUGCAUUCAAUUACAUUUUGAUAUUUGGGCAACUUUAAACAAGACUUGGAGGUGCAAUGGUUUAUCUGGAACUUCCAGAAUAAAAUAUGUCCGGUAUAACAGGAUUUCUUUCUCAACGGGUACAAACAGCAACAAAGCUUGUUCCGUUACAUUUUGAGUUAAGUUUAGGUUAUAACUGUGAAAGGGUUGUGUAGGUAAUUUUUUAAAGGAUUACAUGUAGCUUUUAUUGAGUUGUUGAACCAGAUCAUAUUUGCCAAGCACGCUAAAGAUGAUUUACAAUGUUUUUAUCGCCUGUUAUAAAAAGUUGCAUUGACUCCAGAAAUGAUGGCGUCAGUCUCCCCAUGUUGCUGCUGUAUCUGCAUUAGCCUGUGCAUUAUACCAAGUCACUGAGCCAAUUGAUUACGAUACAAUUUUUAGAAAAUGUUGUGAAUUUGGUUACAAUGACGAUGUAAGUGGAUCCCUGUGUUCUCUCAAGUUGCCCUGAUGUUAACAGAUCCAGUCACGGUGUGGUGAUGAUCAAUUUUACCUUUGUUACACGUUUAUGUCAAAUGAAAGUAUUUGAUACAGAUAUUUGCACUGUUUUAAGUGUAAUGUGAUGCUCAGGCUUGGUUGUGAUUGUUUUCCUGUGAGGAUGUUGGAGAUGGCUCACUCAUUGUCUUAUGCACAGUUUUACUUUCAAUAAACAAAUCUUGAAAAUGA